ACUCCACGGGCACAGGGCAGGCAGGCAAGGAGCAGCAGCAGCGAGGUGAAUGCGCCGGGUCAAGCAGUCUGGUACGGGGAGAGUCGAUCGCAAAAAUUCAAGCGUCUAAUUACUACAAGACGAGGUGAGGCGGCCCGGAGCAAUGGAUGCACGUAAGCUCACGGAGCUGCUGCGGGCGACGAUCGACCCCGCGCAGCAGAAGGAGGCGGAAGGACAGCUCACCCAGAUUCACAAAAUUAUUGGUUUUGCACCAACACUUCUAGAAGUAGUAAUGUCAAAUGAAGUCGACAUGCCUGUCAGACAAGCCGGUGUAAUUUAUCUAAAAAAUUUAAUUACUUCAAACUGGGCGGAUAAAGAAGCCGACAAUGGACCCAUGGAAUUUAGUAUUCACGAGCAGGAUCGUGCAAUGAUACGCGAUAGAAUAGUAGAAGCUGUGGUACAUGCCCCAGACUUAAUUAGAAUACAAUUAGCAGUAUGCAUCAGUAAUAUAGUCAAAUAUGACUUUCCUGGAAGAUGGACGCAAAUAGUGGACAAAAUUACGAUAUAUCUUCAAAAUUCCGAAGCCUCAUAUUGGCCUGGUGUUCUCCUCGCGCUGCAUCAACUUGUUAAAAAUUUUGAGUACAAGAAAGCAGAAGAGAGGGGUCCAUUAAAUGAAGCAAUGAACUUGUUAUUUCCUAUGAUCUAUGAUUUGAUAUUACGCUUACUGCCAGAUGCGUCUGAGCAAUCUGUUCUACUUCAGAAACAGAUAUUAAAAAUUUUCUUUGCACUUACACAGUAUACACUUCCCCUUGACCUUAUUUCGAAAGAAGUGUUCUCACAAUGGAUGGACGUAGUAAGGCAAAUUGCUGACAGGCCGGUACCGCCAGAAACUAAUAAUCCAGAUCUAGAUGAUGACGAACGCGCGGAGCUGCCAUGGUGGAAAUGUAAAAAAUGGGCGUUACAUAUUUUACAUAGAAUGUUUGAAAGUUUUAAUUCUGUUAAUUGCAGAUACGGUAGUCCAGGAAAUGUGACCAAAGAAUAUAAGGAAUUCGCCGAAUGGUAUUUGCAUACCUUUAGUGCUGGUAUUCUCGAAGUUCUUUUAAGGAUCUUGGAUCAGUACCGUAGGAAAAUUUAUAUUUCUCCUAGAGUAAUACAGCAAUCAAUUAAUUAUAUCAAUCAGGGUGUGAGUCAUGCAUUUUCUUGGAAAUUUUUGAAGCCUCACAUGUUUGAAAUUAUACGUGACGUUUUAUUCCCUAUUCUCUCGUAUUCUGCCGCCGAUGAAGAAUUAUGGAAUACCGAUCCAUAUGAAUACAUUAGAGUAAAAUUCGAUAUUUUUGAAGAUUUUGUAUCACCAGUAACAGCAGCACAAACUUUACUACACUCUGCAUGUAGAAAACGAAAAGAUAUGCUACAAAAAACGAUGCAGUUUUGUGUUGAGGUGUUAACUAGUCCAAAUGCAGAUCCGAGGCAAAAAGAUGGCGCAUUACACAUGGUUGGAAGUUUAGCUGACGUUUUGUUGAAAAAGAAAGUUUACAAAGAACAAAUGGAUAAAAUGUUAAUGCAGUACGUUUUUCCCGAAUUCAGUAGUCCUCACGGACAUAUGCGAGCGAGAGCCUGCUGGGUGAUGCAUUAUUUCGCGGAAAUUAAAUUUAAAUCAGAUCAAAUUUUAAUCGAGGCUGUCAGAUUAAUUACAAACGCUCUUUUGACGGAUCAAGAUUUACCUGUUAAAGUCGAGGCGGCCAUAGCGCUUCAGAUGAUACUUUCAGCACAACCGAAGGCUCAGAAGUACAUUGAACCAUUAAUUAAACAAAUAACGCUCGAAUUGCUGAAUAUCAUAAGGCAAACUGAGAAUGAUGAUCUAACGACUGUUAUGCAGAAAAUUGUUUGUACAUAUACCGAACAAUUAGUUCCAAUCGCUGUGGAAGUUUGUCAGCAUUUGGCUGCUACAUUUAGCCAAGUGCUUGAGACAGAUGAAGGUAGCGACGAGAAGGCGAUAACGGCAAUGGGUCUCUUGAAUACGAUUGAAACGCUAUUAACGGUAAUGGACGAACAGCCUCAAAUCAUGUUACAACUUGAACCGAUUGUCCUUCAAGUAGUCGCUCAUAUCUUUGGACAUAGCGUAAUGGAAUUUUACGAAGAAGCAUUAUCGCUGGUUUACGAUCUAACGGGUAAAGGUGUUUCUAAUGACAUGUGGAAGGUUCUUGAACUCAUAUAUCAACUUUUCCAAAAAGACGGUUUUGACUAUUUCACUGACAUGAUGCCUGCGCUACAUAAUUAUAUCACCGUUGAUACUCAGGCGUUUUUGUCGAAUGAAAAUCACAUUCUUGCUAUGUUCAACAUGUGCAAAGCUGUCUUGACUGGUGAAGGUGGUGAAGAUCCAGAGUGUCAUGCUGCCAAAUUACUAGAAGUCAUAAUUUUGCAAUGUAAAGGACAUAUAGAUCAGUGUAUACCAUCGCUUGUGCAAUUAGUUCUUGAACGCCUAAUGCGCGAAGUUAAAACUUCGGAGUUGCGAACUAUGUGUCUUCAAGUAGUCAUCGCGGCUUUAUAUUAUAAUCCCGCACUCUGUCUGGAAACAAUGGAUAGACUGCAAGGAAAUUUCGAUCAAUCCACGGAACCACUCGCCUCGCGCUUUAUCAAACAAUGGAUUAAUGAUACUGAUUGUUUUUUGGGCUUGCACGAUCGUAAAUUAUGUGUUCUUGGAUUAUGUACGUUAAUUAGCAUGGGUCCUGCAAGACCGCCUGCUGUUAACGAAUGUGCAACGCAAAUUAUUCCAUCCUUGAUUUUGCUCUUCGAGGGUUUAAAAAGAGCGUAUGCCGCUAAAGUCACAGAUACUGACGAUGACGAGAACGAUGAGGAGGAGAGUGAUAUUGAUGAAGAGGUUUUAUCAUCAGACGAAGAUGAUAUAGACGAAGCUAAUCAAGAAUAUCUCGAGAAAUUACAGGAUAAGAUAACACGAACGCCUGGUGGCUUUAACGCGACUAUACAAGAUGGUCACGGUGAUCAUAGAUCAGAUGACGAUGACGAUGAUUCAGAAUAUGAUGGUAACGAAGAGACUGCUCUUGAAAGCUAUACCACACCUUUAGAUACAGAUGAUUCUAAUCAGGAUGAAUAUGUUGUCUUUAAGGAAGUUAUACAAAAUAUUGAAAGAACGGAUGUGGCCUGGUAUAGAGCCUUAACGAGUCUUCUUAGCCCCGAGCAAGAAAAAGCUCUGCAAGAGAUUAUUCUAUUGGCGGAUCAACGUAAAGCAGCUUUAGAGAGUAAAAGAAUCGAGCAAAGCGGAGGAUACGUCUUUCACUCACAGACUGUUCCCACCUCGUUUAACUUCGGUGGAACACCUUUAAGUCGAUAAAGACUUAUAUAAUCAUUUUCAAUUUUAGAUUAACUAAGUAAGUAAACAAAUUACACAGAAUUUGGAUUGGACAUUCGUAGCACAUGAACAUUAUUAUACGACCAUUUCGGAAAUAUUACAAAUUUCCAAUUUACUAUUUUUGUGUAAACUAAUUGUACAUUAUUAAGGCAAUCUAGCAAGGUCUUAUUUUAAUAACAAUAACACGAAAAAUUUAACUUCAUGAGAUUAUCAAUCUUGUGCAUAGUUUUAUUAAGAGACAGCAGAGAUUUGCUUCUUAGGAAUCAUGUGAAAAUGUAUAUUUCCUUUUACAACACAUUUAUAAAUAACAAUAUAAUUUUUGAUUCAAGUAAUCAAUUACUAUUUCUCCCCAUCUAGCAAGCUAUAACAUGUUUUCUUGACAAUUUAAAAUUAUUUUUAAUUGUACUAUUGAAAUAUUUGACUUCCAGAAUAUCUGGUUAAGAAAAUUUUAACUAGCUUGCUAGAUAUUAUUUUCGUAUAAAAUGUAUAUUUAGUCUCAAUUUGCUUGAGUUAGAAUUAUUUUAACAAAAAAUCACUUAGGUUUAUAAAAUAUAUGUUACGAAAAUUAUGUUAAAUUGUUGGUAUAUCAGAAAAAAAAUAUAUCAAAAGAAAUCUUUUGAGUAUGUGUAUAAAUUAUGUUAUUUGAUAUUAUUUACAAUUAGUUGAGUAAAACGCCAUGCACGCUCUCGAGAUAUUUGUGAACUGCUAUUCUGCUAAAAACGAAAACAUAGCUUAUCAAAAUUAUCAAACGUAAUUCUUGCAAAAUCAUUGCUUAUGGAAAAAUAUUUAGAUAAGAGUAAUUUAGAUUUUUUAAUAAACACUUUUUCUCAAGUCUUUGUUGAAAUGUAUAUUGUAUUAUAUAUGGCUAAACAUUUUUUUUCUGCAGUUACCGAUCACUUUGCAUAAAUCCCAGCACAGCUUGCUUUAUUUUGAAAAAGAUAAGUUCUGCCAUAUUUUACGCUCUGUCCAAACUAUACCCUGAAAGAUGGAGCUGCAUUAAUGGUUUAACAAAGCACCUUUAAUAGCUUCAAUUAUCACAAUCUUUACAAUCUUAGGUCUUGUGGAUUAAUAUCCAUAAUGUAUUAUAAAAGACAUUAAUAGAAACAUAAUAAAUCUAAGCAGAGCUCUUUCUUUCAUGAGGUAUUAUGUAAUUAUGUAGGACGAACUCGCGGAGCAGAAAUAAACUAUAAAUAUCAGAGCCCAAAAUGAUAAUGGCGUACAAAGAAGAGGUGUUCUGUGCUGUGGUUAGUGAAAUGAUUACUGCACAAGAGAGUGCUUUUUAUAUCGGAAUGCAAAAUGACGCAUGUGUCAAUUACGUGUCGCUUCAGAGUAUAAAUUGUGAUCUUGUAUUUAAGAAUCCAUUUAUACUAAUUUUAUUUGAUGGUGAAACUUAAUCAAUAUUUUGUUGAUAAGAAUAUGUGUGCUUUUUUACGGUAUAUAUUCGACUAAACCUUUUUAUUCUGUUUAUCAAAUAUGAGGCUUAUCUGUUUUUUCAUAUAAAGCUGCAAGAAAUUGCUGUGCAAUAAUUUUAACCACAUUUGCUCCAAAUUUAUAGUUUUCCUAAUAAAGAUUCUGUCUACAGGGUGCAUGCAAAAAUAUAGCGGAUAGCGUAAAAGAGAAACGAUGUGUAGUAUAUGUAUUAAUUAUUCAUUUGUUAAAAAUCAAAAACAUACGAAUUUACCAAUAUAUAUUUAAAAACUUGAACUUUGAUUUUACAAAGAAUUCAAUAUGGGAUAUUUCAUAAAAAUAUUCUUUAAUUAGAAUGCAAAAAAAGUUGCAUGACUUUAAUAUACAUAGAGUAUAUUAGGAAGUCUGCAGAUAUUUUUUAUUUAUUAAUAACAAACAUUAUUAGUCCUUAGUGUCUAAAUAAUAAAACAAUAUCAAUAACAUAAGUCAAAGAUAUAUAGAAAUGUAUAUGUAUUAUUGCUCAAUAUUUUUAAAUUAUCUGUUAUAUAUAAUACGCAUGUCUCUUUCGAAUUUCAGAAAGUCGAGGAUGUUUUACAUGUAACAGGAUUAUUCAAAAUUAUCAAUUUAAAUAUUAGGAAAAAAUUAUGAAAUUAUGAUGAUACAUAAUUCUUUAAAUUGACAAACUGAUACAUAAAUUGCGGAAGAUUUUAGUAUACAUGAGAUAAGAAAUAAUUUUCCUAACAUAAUUAUAUUUAAAUAAAAUAUGUAUUUCUUAUAUUCGCCAAUUUUAUUUUGCAGUGCCCUGCUUUUAAAUUGGCUCGUUUGGAAUUAUGACUAUUUUGAUUUCUUGCAGUGUUUAUCAGAGAUAUGUAUAGUGAUUUUUAAUAUCGUAUCUAUGAAUAGACUUCAUAAACAGUACAACGCAAUCAAAUAUAGAGAUACCAUCGCUCUUCGCACUGUGAUCCGAACUCGCGACCCGUCAUUUGGUAUGGUUAAAAUCUUUGUGCGUAAUAAGAAAAGUUAAUUGAUUGUGUGUCAAUUUUCAAAUAAGAGUAUUUUUAAAAAAGUGCCUUGAAACGUUAAGAUGCGCAGACGGGACCUAAAUUAAAGAAUACAGCAGAAUAAGCUGUAGGUCGGAGUGAGGCCAGGACACUUCUCUAGUUCAUAAGUUCUAUAAGUACUGUAUUAAAGAAUAAUAAAUUUAUAACUGAUAGACAGAAGAGACGAGAAAGCCUGUUCCUUUGCUCUUUAUAGGAAACGAGCCGUAACUUCUUUGUAACGAACAUUUAUCACACGCAUAUGCUCUCCGUAGUUUUUAUAUAAUAAAUAAAAUAACAAAAUUAUAAAUAUAAUCGUGUAGCGGCGACGAGUCUUACGAUAAAAAUCACAUACGCUUAAGUCUUGAUAUUGUAUAAACUAAUAAGAAGUAAGAUUAACUAUACUGGUGCUUUAAUAUACGAAUGAAGUUUAUAGAAACUUCAUUAUUAAACUAAAAAUGUA